AUCCUGACUUGUGGUCUUAAUUUCAGGUCCUCAGCUUCUCCUUAUCUCUUCCCCAAAAAUAAUUGGAAGUUACAAUUUGUAAGUCAUUCACUAGAAACUAGAUAAAGAAGCCCCAAUAAAUCAAACAAUUUUGAACUUCAAUUUAUUCACCAGAAACUAGACAGAGAAGGCCCCCAUAGAUUUCACCCAGAUUCCAAGGCUAUUUUCUCUCUCCAUCAGUUCUCACAGGUACUGUUCCUGUAUAUUUCUGAAAUUCAAUUCAGAUUUAUGGCAUCCUUCCUGCAACUCUCUCAUAAUUUUUUCUCACUAUAACAGCUGGAACACAGAAACCAUGCUUCUCACCCAGUUCUCUCUCGCAUAACUGUCUCAUCCUUGGUCAUCUCCAUUAAAUUCCAAAAAUCAUGGCCAUUGUCCUCCUUGAAUCCAUCUCUAAGUGCCCUCUAUUGCCCAUCCAAACAAAACCCAUUAACCACAUUGAUCACUUUUUCAAGCUUCCCAUGGUCCACAACAGAAGCCCACUCAGAGCUUUGGCAGAAAGCGCCACCUGUGAUAGGACUUUUAGAUCAAACCAACUCAAUUCUUCUGAUUUCAAUGAAACCCAUUACAUAAAACUCCUGAAUCGAUCAUGCAAAUCAGGAAAACUCAGUGAAACUCUGUAUUUUCUUGACUACAUGGUGAACAAAGGCCACCACCCAGAUGUAAUCCUAUGCACCAAGCUUAUCAAAGGUUUUUGCAGUGCAAAAAAUGCUGAAAAAGCUAUGAGAGUGAUGAAGAUUCUAGAGAGCUAUGGAAACCCUGAUAUCUUUGCCUACAAUACUCUGAUAAAUGGAUUAUGCAAGUUGAAUUUGAUUGAUUCUGCAACCAAGACUUUCAAUCGGAUGCUUGAAACACAAUGCCACCCUGAUAUUGUUACUUAUAAUAUAUUGAUAGGUAGCUUGUGUAGUAGAGGAGAACUAGAUUUGGCCAUGAAAUUUUUAGAUAGAUUAUUGGAGAACAAUUGUAGCCCAACUGUGGUCACUUAUACUAUACUAAUUGAAGCAACAUGCAACAUCGGCGGAAUUGAUGAGGCCAUGAAGCUUUUAGAUGAAAUGUUAGCGAGAAAUCUUCAUCCUGAUAUGUUCACUUACAAUGUGAUUAUCAGAGGCAUGUGUAAAGAGGGAAAGUUAGAUGUGGCCUUGGAGCUUUUCAGAACCAAAGUAAAUUGUGAACCUGACACAAUCUCUUAUAACAUUUUGUUGAGGGCUCUUUUGAGUCAACAGAGAUGGGGUGAUGCCGAGAAUAUCUUAUCAGAGAUGAUUAGCAAUGGCUAUGAGCCCAAUGUGGUCACAUAUAGUAUCAUAAUUGGGGCUCUUUGCCAAGAGGGUAAAGUGAACCAGGCUAUUGAUAUCUUGAAGGACAUGAUGGAGAGAGGACUAAAACCCGAUUCAUACAGUUAUGAACCGUUGAUUUCAGCAUUUUGCAGAGAGGGAAAACUGGACAUGGCUAUAUCAUUCAUAGAGCACAUGAUCUGUAAUGGUUGUGAGCUUGAUAUCAUAAAUUAUAACACUCUUCUAUCAGCUUUUUGCAAGGUGGGUGAGGCCAAUGAAGCCCUAGAAAUUCUUGAGAAUCUCUGGGAAACUAGGUUGUGUUCUCCUGAUGCGAGUUCUUAUAACACUGUGAUCUAUGGGCUGUGGAGUAAUGGUGAUCAACUGCGAGCCUUGAAGCUUGUCCGUGUUAUGGUUGGUAGAGGGGUUGACCCUGACAACAUCACUUACAACAUACUUAUUAAUUGUCUAUGUCGAGAUGGUUUGGUGGACCAUGCUUUGAUCCUAUUGGAAGAUAUGAAGAGAGCGGGGUUUGAACCCACUGUGAUUACAUACAACACUGUGAUUUUGGGGCUGUGCAAAAUGCAUAGGAUUGAUAUGUGUAUUGAUAUGCUUGCAAAGAUGGUAGAAAGAGGGUGCCUGCCAAUCGAAGCGACUUAUGUAAUACUAAUUGAGGGAGUAGCAUAUGAUGGGUUGUUAGCUGAGGCAGUAGGAUUGGUGGAGGCACUUCUCACUAGAGGGGUUUUCUCCAAGGAGUCAUUGAAGAGGCUGUAUAAGACCCUUUCCAUGCUUGAAUCUUACAAGCAUUCAUCACAUUUGGAUAACAAGAAGUUGAUGGAGAAGACUCAUGAGGAGUUCCCUUGCAAGCACUCUAAGCAGAGUCAAACUCAAGAAUUGUGGAGUCAAUCCGAAGCGGUAAAUAUGGCUUUUUCCAUUGAUUUUCAUCAGUUAAUAGGAAGCCCAACAAGCUUUUAUGAAUUCUUGUUGAUGCCAAAUUCCAAUAGCAUUAGAUUAUGCCAACCCAAAUUGGAAUUUGGUGUUGGGACCAAUUUUUUCAGAAGAAAAAGUUCACUUUUUCGAUGUCGAGGACAUCAGGGAAGUGUUUGCAUUGAUAAAAUCAAUCAAUAUGAGGGACUAGCUGAAAAACUAAUGGCUACCCAUCAAAAACUUGCUGAUUUUGAUAGAAAGAACCCACCAUUUCCUAGGAGUUCUUUUUCAGAAGGACCCUAUAACGAGAACAAUCAAGACUCAAACAAUGCAAUCAUUCAAUCUUUUUGCAGGCAUGGAAGAUUGGUCGAGGCCUCUAAUCUCAUAGAGAUCAUGACUCGUAUUAGCCAGAUCCCAGACUUUCAUUCAUGUAUAAGCAUAAUUAGGGGGUUGAUAAAGGGUGAAAGAGUCGACAAAGCUGUAAGGGUUCUACGCCUAAUGGUUAUGUCAGGUGGGGUUCCUGAUAUAAUCACAUAUAACAUGCUUAUCAGUGGUUUAUGUCGAAAAGGGCAGUUAAAAACCACUAUCUCUAUUCUAGAUGACAUGAGUGCUAGUGGUUGUGCCCCUGAUGUUAUUACAUAUAACACAAUAAUCAGAAGCAUGUUCCUGAGAGGAAAGUUCAAUCAAGCAAUUACCUUUUGGUUGAAUCAAUUGAGAAAUGGAUGCCCCCCAUAUGUUAUAACUUCCACCGUCUUGGUUGAAUUAGUCUGGAAACAUUGUGGUAUAGAACAAGCGAUGGAGGUCUUAGAUGAAAUGGAAAUCAAGGGUUGCUACGUUGACGUAGUUCUGUAUAAUUCUCUUAUUAGUUCUGCAUGUAAAGUGGGUAAGUUUGAAGAUGUUAGGAUGGCCCUUUAUGAUCUCUUAUCGAGGGGGUUAGAGCCCAAUGUGAUAACUUUCAACACUUUGCUCCAUUGUAUUUGCAUCCUUGGCAGAUGGCAAGAGGCUGAAGAGCUUUUCUCUAUUAUGGACCAAACUUCAAAUACCCCAACUAUGGUUACUUACAAUAUAUUGAUCAAUAGCCUAUGCAAGUCUGGUCUAUUGGAUCGGGCAAUUGAUUUCUUAGCUCAGAUGGUCUCUCAGGGAUGCUCACCAGACAUAAUUACGUAUAAUACCUUUUUGGGUGCAAUGUGCAAAGAGGGUAUGGUGGAUGAAGCCUUUGAUGUACUCCAUGUUUUAAAAACCAAGGAUGUUUCUCUUGUUCAAGUUACAUAUAAUACUGUGAUUGAUGGUUUGGCGAAGAAGGGUGAUAUGGGAAAAGCUUUAGGGUUAUUAGGUGAGAUGAUUAGGGCAAAAAUUGAACCUGAUGAAAUCACUUAUACUUCUUUAAUUGGUGGGCUUUGUAGGACUGAUAUGGUGGAGGAGGCUGUGAAAAUGUUAAUGGAGAUGGUAAGGAAAAGAUUUAGGCCUCAAAUUAGUAGUUAUAAUUCAGUGAUUAAGGGUUUGUGCAUUGGGAACAAGGUGGAUGUUGCUAUAGAUAUACUGGAUAUGAUGGUUUCUAUGAGGUGUAGGCCUAAUGAAGCAACAUAUGGUGCAUUGAUUAGAGGUGUGGCUUCUGCUGGUAAGACAGAAGAGGCCAUUGAGCUGCAUAAAAAGCUUAUAGAGCGCAAGGUUCUUAGGAAAGAUGUCAGAGAAUACUGAAUAUGUUGGUGACGUCCUCUUAACAAGAUUUUUAUGGAGAAAGCUUAAGUGGUCCCUUUAGUUUCCAACCAAUAGCUAGUCUGAACCUUCAGCUGUGCCAGAUUAAGAUACUCAGGUUUUCAAUCUCAAUGAGGGAAAGUUUCAAUUUUGCAGAUUAAGAUACUGUCAACGGUUUUCAAUCUCAAUGAGGAAAAGUUUUGUAGAUUGAGAGAUAUUCAGAAAUUUGUUUCAAUGUAGUUACCUUAGAGUUAACCUUGAUUAUGGCAAGAAGAUGCUUGUCUUUUUCUCCUCUAAUGAGAACGUGCGCUUUUCUUUUGGUUUUUUUUUGUUCUUCUCCCUUUUCUUUUUGUUUUUGUUUCCUGUUUUGAUUGUGAAAUAUUGAUAGCUUAGUUUUUUUGUUUUCCCCCCCUUUUUUUUCCUGUCCUUAUUGUGAAGUAUUGAUAGCUAUGUAAGUUGAGGUAAAGAUUCUUUGCUCUUUUUCAUGUGCCAAA